CUUUUGACUGAGCGCGCAAUCUUGCCAUGACGAGCCACUGCCAAGUUUUGCCGGAGCUUCUGGGCUCAAAUCACUGACCUUGCCGAUCGAAGGCGAGAAAAGUCACGAGGAUUAAGAAGAAGAUUGGCGUGGGGGGCAUAUGGAAAUUACGUGAUUACUUUGGCGAAGCGUAGGCAACACAGGAGCAACGCGAUGAGAAAGCUACGGCGAGAUACAGACAGGAGUGACAUGCGCAUAGCCUGAUCGCCAGCCAACCAGACAACGUGGCUGACGAGGUUCGCUCUUGCGAGAGGCUUGCAGCUCAGUUUUUCCUGAAAGGAGGCGGGCGCUACAAGCCUCGAACAACUAGUCUACUUCAUCUACUAAUCUGCGACCCUCUCCGUGUGGACCGGUAGCUUUGCCCAGUCUCUGCGGGGAAGAGACCCCUGCCACGGGGACGGCCAAAAACACGCACGCAGGCCGUCGGCCCUCUCGUGCCGGGCCCGUCAGCGCAUCUCGGGCAUGCAUUGUGCCGAGGUCCCACGGGAAGACAGGGGCGAUGCCAAGACCCGCUCGCAGCUGCUCGCCGUGCUUCCGCUCGAGAGCUUCCCCGAUCCAACUUCCCCGAUCCAAGACGAGCCAUGUGGGCAUCGUGCCCUUUUUCUGUUCCUGCCGAGUUCGCGAAGGGGCUCUGUACAAGUGGCUUACUGCCGCCGCCAGGAUGCGCGCUGUUCGCGCCAAGAGAAGCCGAUCCGACCUGCCGAAGAGAAGCCCCUGCCUCCCCCUCCCAGACAGAGGUCGCGUGGUGAGAGACGGUCCCCUUGGUCUGGUCAACCAGCUGCCGCCAGCAUGGUGAGCGGACAAACAACGAAGAGAGGCAGACAACGGGUCUUAGAGUAAGCGCAGGCGCCGCGGUGUGAGGCAGAAGGAUCCCAGGAGAAACAGGACAAGGAGGGGGGGCAGGACGAGCACGACACAGGACUCAGGCAGACAUCGAGAGAGCAUGCAAGUCGCGAGCUCUUCUCAGAUCGAAUAUGUAAGACAGCAAGGUCGUGGAUUGAGAAACCUACGACCCCACACGAUCCGAAAAGCGUGCAGGCCAAGCGCAAGAAGAACAGUGAGGGCAAUGCGGGCGAGGACGAGGAGGAGGAGGAGGAGG